UACAUUUAGAAGAAUCAUUCCAAACAUUCCUUUUACUGCUUUUCACAAAAAAAAAACUCUCACUUCUCUCUUCUCUCUUCUCUCCUCUCCUCUCUCUCGGUAGAAACCACCAUUAAUUUUCAGUCUUCAUCUUCCAGACAUUGAUCUUGAUCUUCACUUUCAUCAUGGACACUGCUCAAUGGCCACAGGAGAUUGUGGUGAAACCAAUAGAAGAGAUAGUAGUCACAAACAACUCAUGCAGUACUCCAAAACCAGCAAAUAUUAUUAAUGGUGAAAACAAUUUGGAGAUCAGGAAGACAAGGCCUCACAAAGAACAAGCCUUGAACUGUCCAAGAUGCAAUUCAACAAACACAAAGUUUUGCUACUACAACAAUUAUAGUCUCACUCAACCAAGGUACUUUUGCAAGACUUGUAGAAGGUACUGGACUGAAGGAGGAUCUCUUAGAAACAUUCCUGUUGGUGGUGGUUCAAGGAAGAACAAGAGAUCAUCAAAUUCUUCUUCUUCUUCUUCUAAUUCAUCAUCAAAGAACAAGCUUCCUGAUUUGGUGACUCAUCAUCAUCAAAACCCUAACAAGAUCCAUGAUCAAGGCCAAGAUCUCAACCUUGCCUUCCCAAACUCUAUUAAUCAUGAAACAAAUGACAAGGUUUUGUCUUCUACUACUACCACCACCGCUACCACUAGUAUUACUGCUUUGAAUCAUGACAAUCCUCCUCAGAUUUCAGCUUUGGAAUUGAUAACUGGGAUUUCUUCAAGAGGGUUGAAUUCUUUCAUGCCAAUGAAUGUUGUUCAAGAUCCAAACACAGUUUACACAUCUGGGUUUCCAAUUUUGCAUGAUUUCAAGCAGCCAACAACAACCACCACCACCUUGAAUUUCUCUCUUGAUCAUGGCCUUGGAAGCAGUGGUGGGUAUGGGAUUCAAGAUGUUCAUCAAGAUCAUCAUACUAGUGGUAGUAGUGUUAGUGGGAGGCUUUUGUUUCCAUUUGAAGAUCUAAAGCACAUGUCAAGCACUACCACAAGUGAUAUUGAGCAAAAUAGAGGAGAAGUACACGGAGAUUCAACUGGGUAUUGGACUGGUAUGUUAGGAGGUGGAUCAUGGUAAUCAAGAUCAAAAAUCCUUUAAAAAAAAAAAAGAUCUAGCCUUUCCUCCUCCUCCUUAUUCUUCUUCCUUUUUAAAUUUUGAAUUUCUUAAAGUGGGUGGUUGUGACUUUUUUCGUUUUUCUUCAUUACUAACAGUGAUAGGGUACAUGGGUUUCUCUCCUCUUUUUCUCUCAAUUUGGUUUAUUACUAUCUCAACUUGAUCUUCUUAAAUUUAGUGGGGAUUUGAAGCUUUAUUUUAAGUUAGCUUCACAAAAGUGACAUGGGAUUCUCUCUCUGUAAAGAUAGAAGAAGAGGAGGAGGAGGAGGA